AUGAAACAAGAUAUUGAAAAAAUGACCUUCAAAGCCAUAUUCAGUACGAGUUAUAUUUUUGACAACGAGAAUCAAUCACCAAUCAUAAAAAAUCUUGAUAUUAUAACAAAUAAUUUGAACAAAAAGUUAAAUGAAAAUAAAAUUCGUGUUCUCAGUGGAUUUUUUCAAAAUAAUAUUCAAUCAAAAGAAAUUCUAUGUGACGAUCCGUUGAAUGGAAAUAUUCUUCAGUUAACUAUUGCUAUUUUAUAUGCAGAUGAAUGUGUUUCACAAGGCGAUGAUAUUUGUAAAAUUCAAGUUAAAGAGCAGUUAAAAAUCAUAUUUGAUCAAAUGACGAUUAUUCCUGUUAAUAUUCAAUUGGAGAACAAUCAGUUUGAAAAUAUUUAUAUAAAAAUAUGUCAUAUUUCGGAUAUAAGUGAUGAACAAAAAGACGAAACAGUUAUAGCAGCAUCAAGAAAAAGAAAGAUAAGAAAAGCAACAACAUCAGUCGCAAUUGCACCCAAACGAAUGAGAAUAUUGGCCUCGAAUCAUGAUACUCCAUAUACUCCAAUAAAGAGAUUUCGAUGUGCUUUAUGUCUCAAUAAAAUUGGACUUGUUCAAAUGGACGGCGAUUAUGGAACUAAUAUACACGAUGAUAUAAGAACGUAUACCAAUAGUCAAUCUUCAACUAUGACAUUAUAUGAAGAAACAACUCAUAAACUACAUGUUCAACUUGAUUGUGGUGGAUAUUUAGAUGGAGAUUCUACUAGCGAUCCAUGCAGUGAUUCUUUAAGUGUACAUAUAUGGGUCGAUUAUAAUGAUAAUCGAUUUGAUGAUGGAGAAAGUCAAAUUCUUCAUCGAUCCUGGCCAAAUAAUGGUGCAUCUACAGGUAUAUAUGAUUUACAAAUAUAUAUUCCUGCGAUUGAUGAUAGAAAUACAAGAGCUGGACUACAUACAAUGCGUCUUACUGUAAUGCCAAGUGAACAAUACCAAAGAGAUUGUGGUACUAUGGAUUAUAAGGAGACGAGAGAUUAUACUGUCAACAUCAUCCCGAAAGCCAGAUAUGAAAUUAUCACCACUACACCAUAUAUGUACAGAAAUUCACUUUGUUCAAUACAAUUUGGUAGAAUUAUUCUUGUUAUAAUGGCUGGUGAAGUUGGCACUGAAAUACGCGAUGAUAAAGUAUAUAAUGCAUUAACAAAUACUAACCGAAAUCAGCAUCAUAUGGCGGUUACACUUUACGAACAUACUGUAUAUUUAUUACGUAUUCAAUUGGAUUGUUCAUCUCAAUUAAAAACUGAAUUAACCGAUACAGGUUGUAAUCUAGCUCAAGACGUUAAUGUUUGGGUUGAUUGGAAUGAUGAUGGAAAUUUUGAUACGUCAGAAAUUGGAGCUCCACAUCGAUGGCCAGUUACAAGCUAUAUGCCACAAGGUGUUUAUGAUAUACAAUUAAGUAUACCUUUGAUUGAUGAAAGAUAUAUAACAAAUAGAUCACAUCGUAUGCGUAUUAUGGUUACACCAAAUGAACAGUAUCAAAGAACAUGUAGCUCUACAGAAUAUAGUGAGACGCGUGAAUACAAUGUGAAUAUUAUUUCACGAUCAUCAUAUUUACCUGCACCUGAUGUUUCCAAUUCUUAUUUGGCACCAGAGAAUAUUACAUGUUCACCACAAGUUGGUAAAAUCAUUUUUGCUAUUAUGGCUGGUGAACAUCGAACUCAAAUUCGAGAUGAUUUUUCAACAAGAACAUUGCUGGGUAAUAAAGAAAAUCAACAACAUCUUUCGAUUAUUUUACGUCAAGGUAUUACCUAUUUACUACGAUUACAAUUCGAAUGCGAUGAAAACCUCAACAGAGAUUCAUCGGAUAAGAACUGUAAUUUACCUCAUGAUAUCAAUGUAUGGAUUGAUCUCAAUGAUGAUGAACAAUUCAGUGAAUCAGAACGUGUAACUCCUUAUCGUUGGCCAUUAACCAGUUAUUUACCACAAGGAAUUUACGAUCUGCAAGUACGUGUACCUCUUAUCGAUGGUAGAAAAAUGAAAAGUGGACCGCAUCGUAUGCAACUUGUUAUUGCGUUAAAUAAACAGUACCGUCGAAAAUGUGCCUAUAGAGAUUAUAAUGAAAUACGUAAUUAUACAGUUAGAAUUGUUUCAGAUACAAUAAAAUCAGUCGAUAUUGGAGGUCCUUAUUUGACAUUAAGUGAUGCUGUUUGUAGACAAACCAAUGCUCGAAUAGUUCUUGUUAUUAUGGCUGGUGAACAAGGUACUCAAAUCAGAGAUGAUACACAUAAUAAUACUGUUGUACGAGAAUAUCAAAAUCGCCACCAUAUGGCGGUAAGCGUUUAUGAAAAUACAUACUAUCGUAUACGUAUUCAAUUGGACUGCGAUCCAGCUUCAAGUAGAGGUCCACUCAAUGAUUAUUGCAAUCUUGCUCAAGACGUUAAUGUUUUGAUCGAUUUAAAUGAUGAUGGACGUUACGAUCAAUCAGAAAGUUUUAUUCAACAUAGAUGGCCAUUGCGUAGUUCAAUUCCUUUAGGUCUUUAUGAUCAUAAAAUACAUAUACCAGCUGUAAAUGAACUACAUAGAAGAACUGGCACAUAUCGCAUGCGAAUCAUUGUUAAACCCAGUGAAGAGUACAAUGAGAAAUGUGGCCAUACCGAUUAUGCAGAGAUCCGUGACUAUACUCUACAAAUUAUACCAAGACAAGUUUAUUAA